AGGGGGCAGGGUGGCCAGCCAGAAGGGGGGGGGCACGAUGGUGCCCCCUGCGUUGGGGGUCCCCCCCAGUUGUCCUAGCCACCCCGGGAAAUGAGCCCCUUCCCUCAAGCUAAGGGGGACACGGAGGGAUCCUGAGAAAGGAAGGGAACCCCAGGUUCUGAGCUUCCCGACCCUCCCUUCCCAGCUUCCCUUCCCCCGCCCCCUCACACACACAUACACCAUCACCACUACCACCCCCAGCCCCAGCUGGCUCAUUUCCUCCUGGGGCCCUGCGGACACACCAAGCCAGACACCAGCGUCGGGACACGCACACGGAGCCACAAACACCCAUGGACACACACUCACUGCCAGGCGGAGACGCUCACUGACACAAACAGAACACACUCUCCUCACACGGUGGCCGGUCCACGCUAAUGGGCAGAAACCUGGACCAACACAGAAGCCCACUGUGACCACAGGGGAACCGGCCAAAGGCCCAGUGUGAAUCCAGAAGCAAACCGGGGGCGGCCCAGAGAGGAUUUGGCCCCAGUGUCCCUGGGCCAUGGGCCAAGGCGGCCCCCUUCUCCUCCUCCUCUUCCUUCUCAGCUACCAAGUGGGGGCAGCCAUGGACCUCACGCUGCUGGCAGACCUUCGCCUCACAGACCCCCAACGCUUUUUUCUGACCUGUGUAUCUGGAGAAUCUGGGGCAGGCAGGGGCCCAGAUGUCUGGGACCCUCCCCUGCUCCUGGAAAAGGAUGACCGAAUCGUUCGGGCCUUCCCACCUCGCCAGCCCCUCCAUUCUACAAGAAAUGGAUCUCGCCACAUCACGCUUCGGGGCUUCUCCCAGCCCUCUGACCUGGUCGGCGUAUUUUCCUGCAUUGGUGGAACCGGGUCCCGGCGCACACGUGUGGUCUAUGUACACAAUAGUCCUGGGGCCCACCUGCUCCCAGACAAGGUGACUCACACCGUGAAUGUGGGUGACACAGCUGUGCUGUCCGCUCAGAUCCGCACGGAAAAACAAGUAGAUGUGAUCUGGAAGAGUAACGGCUCCUACUUCCACACCCUGGACUGGCGUGAAGCCCAGGAUGGGCGAUUCAGGAUAGCGCUCCCCAACCUGAAGGCCUCGGAUGGCGGCAUCUACAGCGCCACCUACCUGCAGGGCAACCCCCUGGCCAGCGCCUUCUUCAGGGUCAUUGUGCGAGGCUGCGGUGCGGGGCGAUGGGGGCCGGGCUGCGCCAAGGACUGCCCCAGCUGCCUGCAUGGAGGCAUUUGCCAUGACCAAAAUGGCGAGUGUGUGUGCCCCCCUGGCUUCACGGGCACCCGCUGCGAGCAGGCCUGCAGGGAGGGCCGGUUCGGGCAAGGCUGCCAGCAGCAGUGUCCGGGCACGUCCGGCUGCCGCGGACUCACCUUCUGCCUCCCGGACCCCUAUGGCUGCUCCUGUGGGGCUGGCUGGGGGGGCGACCAGUGCCAAGAAGCCUGUUCCCCUGGCUGGUUUGGGGCCUCCUGUUACCUGCAGUGUCGAUGCCAGAACGGAGGCACCUGUGACCGCUUUAGUGGCUGUGUCUGUCCCUCAGGAUGGCACGGGGAGCACUGCGAAAAAUCAGACCGAAACCCAGAAAUCGUGAACAUGGCCUCAGAGUUGGACUUCAACGUGGGAGCCAUGCCCGUAGUCAGCUGUGCAGCCACAGGGAAUCCGCCCCCGGUGCGGGGCAGCAUGGAGCUACGAAGGCCCGAUGGCACCAUCUUCAUGCCGUCCAAGGCCAUCAUGGAGGUGGACAAGACUACGUCCGAGUUCCAGGUGCCGCCCUUGAGCCCCACAGACAGUGGCCUGUGGGAGUGUCGAGUGUCUACGUCCGGGGGUCAGGACAGCAGGCACUUCAAGGUCAACAUCAAAGUUCCCCCCGUGCCCCUGGCCCCUCCGAAGCUCCUGGCCCGCCUCAGCCGCCAACUUGUGGUCUCCCCACUGGUGCCGUUCGCAGGGGACGGGCCCAUCUCGUCAGUGCGCCUUCGCUACCGGCCUCAGGACAGCUCCGCGGCCUGGUCCACCAUUGUGGUGGACCCCAGCGAAAAUGUGACCCUCAUGAACCUCCGGCCUCAGACGGGGUACAGCGUCCUGGUGCAGUUGAGUCGCCCAGGAGAGGGGGGCGAGGGAGCCUGGGGGUCACCCUCCAUCAUGGCCACUGACUGCCUUGAGCCCAAGUUGCGACCCCAGCUGGAGGACUGGCAUGUGGAGACCCCGGACCGGAUCCGAGUGACCUGGUCCUUGCCUGCCGUGCCCGGUCCCCUGGUGGGAGACGGUUUCCUCCUACUCCUGCGGGACCCGGAACGGGGCCACGAGCUGCGUAAGAACGUCACCUCUGCCCAGGCACGCUCCACUACUCUGAGCGGCCUUGUGCCCGGCACCUUCUACCUCCUGGAAGUGCGGCUCUACCAUUGCACGCGCCUGGGCCCCGCUUCCCCGCCAACGCGCGUGCUCCUGCCCCACUCUGGCCCCCCAGCUCCACGGCUGCUCCAGGCUGAGGCCCUGUCAGACUCGGCCAUCCGGCUGACCUGGCAACGUCCAGAGGACGUCGGAGCCAUUGCCAAGUACAUCGUGGAGCUGCAGGUGGUCGGAGGGUCUGGGGAGCCCCUGUGGGUGGACACAGAAGGAGCCGAGGAGAGCACCGUCAUCCACAGCCUCAAUGCCAGCACCUGCUACCACUUCCGGGUUCGAGCCAGCGCUCAGGGCCCGGGAGCCUGGAGCGAAGUAGUAGAGGAAACGACGCUGGGUAAUGGCCUGGAGAGCGAGGGCCCAGCCCAGCAGAGCCGGACAGCAAGCCCCAGCCUGGACCAGCAGCUGGUGCUGGCCAUCGUGGGCUCCGUGUCGGCCACGUGCCUCACCAUCCUGGCCGCGCUGCUGGCCCUGGUCUGCAUCCGCAAAAGCUGCCUCCAUCGAAGACGGACCUUCACCUACCAGUCGGGCUCGGGAGAAGAGACGGUGCUUCAGUUCAGCUCCGGGACGCUGACCCUGACCCGCCGUCCGAAGCCGCAGCUGGAGCCUUUGAGUUACCCCGUGCUGGAGUGGGAAGACAUCACCUUUGAGGACCUCAUUGGGGAGGGCAACUUCGGCCAGGUCCUUAGAGCCAUGAUCAAGAAGGAUGGGCUCCAGAUGAAUGCGGCCGUCAAGAUGCUCAAAGAAUUCGCCUCCGAGAACGACCACCGUGACUUUGCCGGAGAACUGGAGGUUCUGUGCAAGCUGGGACACCACCCGAACAUCAUCAACCUGCUGGGAGCCUGCGAGAACCGAGGAUACCUGUACAUCGCCAUAGAGUACGCCCCCUACGGGAACCUGCUGGACUUCCUUCGGAAGAGCCGCGUGCUGGAGACGGACCCGGCCUUCGCCCACGAGCACGGCACGGCCUCCACGCUCACGUCCCAGCAGCUCCUGCGCUUCGCCAGCGACGUGUCCAAGGGCAUGCAGUACCUGAGCGAGAAGCAGUUCAUCCACAGGGAUCUGGCCGCCCGGAACGUGCUCGUGGGGGAGAAUCUGGCCUCCAAGAUUGCAGACUUCGGCCUGUCCCGGGGGGAGGAGGUCUACGUGAAGAAGACCAUGGGCCGGCUCCCUGUGCGCUGGAUGGCCAUCGAGUCUCUGAACUACAGUGUCUACACCACCAAGAGUGACGUUUGGUCCUUCGGGGUUUUGCUCUGGGAGAUCGUGAGCCUCGGGGGCACGCCGUACUGUGGGAUGACGUGCGCUGAGCUCUACGAGAAGCUGCCCCAGGGUUACCGCAUGGAGCAACCCCGAAAUUGUGAUGACGAAGUGUAUGAGCUGAUGCGCCAGUGCUGGAGGGACCGUCCCUACGAAAGGCCGCCCUUUGCGCAGAUCUCCGUGCAGCUGGGCCGGAUGUUAGAGGCCAGGAAGGCCUAUGUGAACAUGGCGCUGUUUGAAAACUUCACCUACGCAGGUAUUGAUGCGACUGCUGAGGAGGCCUGAAAGUCCGAUGGCUCCGUGCUCCCUGCGGUCAGCGAGCCUCCGGGGACGGACGGGCACGGGCUGACCCCCGCCGGCAAGGGGGGGCCCUGCUGGGAUCCCGGACCAGCCUCGGGGACUCAGAUUUUUAGUCCUGUGUAUAGAUGGGUGCAGGUAGUGGUGGGAGGAUCCUGGUGCCAGCCUUCUCCCCAGUCUGGCCACUCCUCCUCCUCUGAGUUAUUACCUGCCCCCACCCCCAAAUCCUCCCUCACUGUAGCUACUCCUCCCCCCUCAUGCACCUCCCUGCCCCCUCCUCUGCCCUCCGUGGGGCAAAUAGGGACAAUAAAACAUUUGGUUCUGUCCGA